AUGGCCUUGCCCUGGCCCCCCUUACCCCGCCUCCCAGUUCUGGGUGCAAGCCUGCUCUGUGCUCGGCUCACGGCAGCCCUCCCCACAGCCCGCACCGGGGGGCCGGGCAACAUCAAGACACUCGGCGAUGCCUACGAGUUUGCCGUGGACGUGAGCGACUUCUCCCCUGAGGACAUCAUCGUCACCACGUCCAACAACCACAUCGAGGUGCGCGCGGAGAAGCUGGCAGCUGAUGGCACAGUCAUGAACACCUUCGCUCACAAAUGCCAGCUGCCCGAGGACGUGGACCCCACUUCCGUGACCUCGGCCCUGAGGGAGGACGGCAGCCUCACCAUCCGGGCGCGGCGACACCCGCACACAGAGCACGUCCAGCAGACCUUCCGGACAGAGAUCAAAAUCUGAGGGCUGCCCUUCCCCUGCCCUCCCCGACUCCCCCUCCCCCCCCCUCCCCCCACCCCCCACAGUGCCACUGGCCUGCCAGACUUUUCCUAACCCCUCAUAACCCCUCAUAAGAGCUGCCAGGACAUCUCAGCCCGGUUCCCAGCCCUAACACCCCCAGACCCCAGGUGGGUCACCCCACCCCAAAACGGAGGCCUUCUGCUCUGCCCAGGACAGGACAGGGGCCCCCUUGCCUUCCAGAUGUGGCCUCUCACUUAGUGCAGAACAAAGGGAUCGGGGUGGGGAAGGAAGAUCCAGAGAGGCCACUUGGGAAGGAAGCUGCGGAGAGGCAGGGUCUCUGGGCAAAUAAUCUGCAGGACAGACGGACAGCAGCUCCGCUGCCCUGCAGAGGCUCUGCCAGGCAGGGGCGGGGAAGGGCACUGGGACCCCCUUGGCAAGAGGAGCAGGAGAGGCAGGUCCCGGGGGCACAGGGAGGCCAGGAGACAGCCAUGAUGGAAACCUCCCCUUUCCACUCUCUAAGCCCCAAACCAGCUGCCUGCCCACCUGGAGCGCCCAGCCAGCCAGCUGUGCCAGGGCAUUUGUAUACAGAUGGGGUUUUUCCAAUACAGCUGGUUCGUGACAAACGGUGUGAAACUCCUGCCAUCUGUUACCUGCUCGUGCCCCCAGGCCAGGCCAGGCCAGGCUGAGGGGUGCGGCUGGUCCUCCCCCUGCCCCCAGGCCGGGCUCCUGGGACUGCCUCCAUGCAGAUGGAUCACCGACCCCAUGACCCCAUGUGGGAGAGAGACCGUGGGUGGGGCUUUGGGUCUUAAGGUCAGACCAGUGUCUGGCCAACCUUCGCCAUGGCCAGUCCUUCCCCCUCUUCAAUCUAUGAAUCUAUAGGUUUGGUGUGUGUAUACCGCUCGGGGACACACACCUGCCGGCCUUCAAAUCCUAAGCAUUACCAUUGGUUGAGUCCAAAUUCAGAACAUUCUAAAGUCAGAUCCAAUCUCCAUAUUUAUCAGGGGGGAAGCUGAGUCUGAGCAGGUGGCUGCCCAACUUGCUCACGAACAUAAACCCAGGAAGUCCGAGGCUCCUCUCAAAGCGCCCCCCUCCGGGUACCGGGAAGUAGUUCCCCCUCUCUGCCUCUCUCGGCCUUUGCCUCUGUCCCCACAUCUUCCUGCUGGAGAAAGCCCCCAGCCAGUUCCCUCCUGUUCCCCAGGCCAGGGAGGGGCUCAAGCAGCCUUCAUCUUGGGGAGCCUCAGCUGCCCGCCAUGACCCUGGCUCCGUUUCCACAUACAAAACCAGGGGUAAGGGGAGGGUGCGUCAUAGGGUAGGGUGGCCUCUCGCCUGCCAUUCUGGGGUCCUUAGGGGACAGUUCGGGGGGAGAAGGGCAUGGGAGGGUCCUGGCAUUGUACCCUGCGCACAUAAUAAACGACAGAAUCCCAGACUUCUGGAGA